GGACGACGGCAGCAGAGGGCGGCCGCCUACCUGGAGAAACCUGCAGUUACGUGUAGUAGGAGCCGGAGCGGCUGGAGUCGCGGGAUGGGCAGGAGGCGGGCAGAAAGUUGGAGUAAGCAGGAAGUGAAGCCUUGGGUGGAAACAGACUAAGCGAAGUUCUGCUUUGAGAGGCCCAAGUGCUCCGAGACAUGGACGAGGACAGUGGGAGUGUCGGAAAUGACCGAGUCAGGAACCUGCAGAGUGAGGUGGAGGGAGUCAAGAAUAUUAUGACCCAGAAUGUGGAGCGGAUCUUGGCCCGUGGGGAGAACCUGGACCACCUUCGAAACAAGACAGAGGACUUGGAAGCCACGUCUGAACACUUCAAGACAACGUCCCAGAAGGUGGCCCGGAAGUUCUGGUGGAAGAAUGUGAAGAUGAUUGUCAUCAUCUGUGUGAUUGUCCUUAUCAUCGUCAUCCUCAUUAUACUCUUUGCCACUGGCACCAUCCCCACUUAAGAGUCCCUUUCAUCCCACCCUACUCUUCAGGGGUGACCCACCCUAAUGUGUGCCAAGAGAGACCCUCUCCUGUCCUCCUCCACAGCAGUGCUGCUCCGUCCCCAUGAGGGCCUUCUGCUGUAUCAUAUACCCAAGAAGCACCUUGAUUCCCUGGGAGGAGACAGCUGGACUGUGGCUGCAUCUCAUGGUCCUGAGACUGGGUUAGAGAGACCCAGAGGACCCUGUUUGUGGCUGGAAAACUGAUGGUGAAUGGUGGGCAAUAAAGACCUCUUGGUAUCCCUAA